GAAUUUGGAUUUAUCACACCAAGCGACUCUGUUUCAACUGGAAGUAGUAUUAUGCCUCAGAAAAAGAAUCCAGAUCCCAUGGAACUUGUUCGUGGGAAGUCUGCCAGAGUCAUAGGGGACCUGGUUACCCUUCUCACAUUGUGCAAAGGUCUUCCUCAUGCUUACAACCGUGAUUUGCAGGAAGACAAAGAACCAGUAUUUGACAGCGUGAAAACUAUUUUGGGGAUGCUUGAGGUAUCAGCUGAAUUUGCUCUCAAUAUUUCCUUCAAUCGGGAAAGAAUACAAAAGGCAUUACCUGCUGGUCAUCUUGAUGCAACCACACUUGCCGAUUAUCUUGUUAAUAAGGGUGUGCCAUUUAGAACGUCUCAUGAUAUCGCCGGAAAAUCUGUUGCUUUAUGUACACUUAAGAACUGCCAACUGCUGGACUUAAGUCUUGAUGAGCUCAGAAGUAUAAAUCCAGUUUUUGAAGAGGACGUGUAUGAUUUUCUUGGAGUAGAAAAUGCGAUCCAGAAAUUUGUCUCUUACGGCUCAACCGGGUCAGCAUGUGUUGCCAGCCAAAUUGACUAUUGGAUGAAAAAACUUGAAAUGAAGUGAAAGACUAUCCUGAUUGCCAUGAUAUUCUCAUCAUGCCAUGGAAAGCCAAUCCCAAAAACUUGGAAUAAUUGCUCCUGCCAAAGGUCCUGACGCGUAAUUCUGGAAUCCACCAAGAUGAUACCUUUGAGUAUUUGAAGUGUGUAGAGCAUUAGGUUUUAUAUGCAAAUUAGUCAGGUUUUCUGAAUAUUUCAGAAUCAAAAUGUCACACCUUCUAAUAUAUAGUAUCUUAUAUUUUAUG